UUAGAUUUACCCAGAGUGUGAUGGUCUUGUUUUAAAUCCUUUGGUUUCUGUUCUUUUGCAAGCAUUAAUGUUCAUGUCCUCACGCUAGUAAACCUGCUAAAUGAUGCACAGACGAGCUUCUUCCUUCCACCAUUCAUGUUUAUUCCCCUGCUGCGUCUUUCUGUGCUAUUUAUCUUGUGCUCAUCUGAAAUGCAUCACUUCUGCUCCAUGUAUUAUUCUCUCACUUCCUCUUUCUUCUGCAUGGAAUGUAAUCGAUGAGCUGUAACUCUCUCUUUCCCCCCACAGGGAUUGACAGGUAAUUUAAUUUUUUCAUUGUGCAUCAUUGGAUUGCAUUGCUGCGCACGCGUGUGUGUCGUGUGUGUGUGAGAGACCCUCCUCCCAAUCAGAAUGGCCCUGCGCUCCCCCUCCCGUCUCCCAUUCUCCUCUCCCUCCAUAUGUGCGAGGAAGAUGGUUGCAAGCGGCGUGGGCCUGUUUCUAAUGUCGCACAUCCUGCCGUGAUCCCUCUGGGAGGAAGAGGAGGAGAAGAAUCCCUCCAUUCAGGUCAAUUUCUCUCUUUCACUCACUCCUACGUUUUUACGUGAUGCUGCUCUCAAGCCAUUCAAUAUUAAUGAGAUUUUUGUCACCCAGAUCCUGUGGUGGGAGGAAGAGACCUGGAAUCAGCCAGAGCAGAGCUGUCUCCAGCAUGCAGCAUCACUCGUCUGAGGUGGCCCGUCUGUAUCAGACCGAGUUCAUCCGGAGCGCUCGGGCGGUGGGUGUGCUGUGGGCCGUCUGCACGCUCUGCUUUGCCGUUAUCGAGGUGGUCAUUCUCAUUCAGCCAUCGUGGGUGGGCACACGGGAGCUGCACUACCGAGGAGGGGGUCCGGCUCCUCCGACCGGGACUCUGGGCCUCUUUGAGGUCUGCAUGGAGACGGAUUGGCCUGUCCCAGAAUGCCGGGGGUCUCUUCACACCCUGACCCCACUCCCUGCCUUUCAGUCUCCCGCUGUGCUGGUCUGCAUGUCUCUCACCAUGGUGUGGGCCAGCGUGGGCUGCCUGUGUCUGUUCAGAUUCUGCAACGCAGCAACAGUCUAUAAGAUCUGUGCUUGGCUGCAGCUCACAGCAGGCUUCUGUUUGGCGCUGGCGUGUGUGUUGUUCCCAGACUCCUGGGCGUGUGCUGAGAUGCGGGCAUUGUGUGGGGAGCGUGUGAGUAGUUUCUCCCCGGGGAACUGCUCUGUGCACUGGGCGUACAUACUGGCCUUGCUGGGGGUGCUGGACGCCGGCAUACUGGCCACGCUGGCUUUUGUGUUGGGGAAUCGCCAAGAUGCCCUGCUGCCAGAAGACGCCAAGGACGGUGAUGUGACUGGCUUGUUACUGGCAGCAUAAUCACCGGUCAGAAACUGCUGGUGGCUGUUUCAUCACGUCGUUUGUGCACUUCUCUUUCGACAAAUAAUGAUGACAUAAAACAUGUGAAGAGACGCUUAUCUCUUCCCCCUCAGCAUGAUGUCGUCGUCAUCCUGUGAAUUCUGCUUACAUAACCUGUCUGCGUAGAAACAGUCACCUGGCAACAGUAUCCGAGUUCUUUCUCCCCCGGCGGAGGAACAUUACUCUGAUCUUGUAAUGGCGGCUCUAAAUAGAGAAGAGGAAAGGCCAUUUUCUUUAGUGCAUUUCCAAGUGGAGGUACAGUCGAGGAUCAAUGUGGUUUUCAGUUAAAUGAUGUUUAGAGGAUUAACUGUGAUGUUUGAUUCUGUGUUCUGGAUGUUUUUGUGCACGAAUUUAAGAUGAGGACUGGAGUUAAAUCUAGUUAUAUAUUCAGCAUUAUAAUGCUGUUAAUCUGUUUAGUUAGCUGUUUUGUUGUUUUCUUUGUCAGUAAAGUCUUAAACAUAUGGAUUUACUGAUUUAAGCUAAAAGUAGCAAAUAAUUAUUCAUAUUUAUAUUCAUAUUUAUAGGAGAAAUUUAGCAUUACAUCACUUGCUCACAAAUGGAUCCUCUGCAGUGAAUGGGUGCCGUCAGAAUUUGUUUCUUACAAACACGCAGCUUUUCACUUCACAAGAUGUUAACUGAUGGACUGGAGUGAUGUGGAUUACAUGUGGAUUAUUAUGAUCAGCUGUUUGGACUCUCAUUCUGACGGCACCCAUUCACUGCAGAGGAUCCAUUGGUGAGCAAGUGAUGUAAUGCUACAUUUUUCCAAAUGUGUUCUGAUGAAGAAACAGACUCAUCUACAUCUUGAAUAUUCUGACGGUGAACAAAUUUUCAGCAAAUUUUAAUUUUUGAGUGAACUGUUCCUUUAAGAUCUUCCUUUUCACAUGGAAAUACUUUACAAUACAGUAGCAAUUCAUGCUUCAUGCUGACUUUAAAUUUGCAUGCCACUGUUUGUAAUUGUCUUUAGCCACCGUUAAAAUAUAACAAGGCAUUGUCUUAGUUGUGCUUCUGUUUAGAUACAAUACUACUACUCUAUGAUUUUAUCAAGUCGUUGCAUUAAAUGUUAAAAGUGAGGUAAUUUCUAAUCCUCUUCCACUGUAAAAGCAAUGCAAAGUUCUAAACAAAAUAUUGGUGUUCACAUACACUUUAUUAGCACUUACACUUGUUGUUAGCACUUGUUGUUUGACAAAACUUGCAGUGCAGAGAUAUGUAUUUUUGUACAAGAUUUUAUGACUGCACAAAUAUCGAAAAGCAUUUAUAUACUAAGAGCCACGAUUUCCUUCACAAAUUCAUAAUAGUCAGAUUACAAACCCAGAGGGCAAGAAGUUGGGACAGUGAUUAGUAUCAGACAGAACGUUUCGAAGCCAAGUCAAGGGACAAAAAACACUUCAUCAAGCUUGAAUAGGAUGCAUAUGACACUAAGAAGAUGGUACACCACUUUAGACAGCCAAUCAGAGAAAGAGAGGACAGGAAACUCAGUGAGAGCAGGUUUGACAUUUAGACAGGCUCUUUUUGAGUCUAAACACUCUUGUAGUGCUGCUUACUGCUGUAUAAAGCAGCUGAUCUGAUGUUGUGUUGUUUAAACCUGUACCAGAUAUCUUAUGCAAUAAAUAUAUUUCAAUCA